AUGUUGGGGUGGAUCAAAGGCCAGGAAGAGCGAGUCGCAGCCAACUCCAAGGUUCUCGAGCCACCAGAGACGCCCGCUCCCCUGUUUGCGCUUCGCGCCUUCAAGAGUGCCCUGUUUGGUACACCUGCUGCUGACGACGACGACGAAGACACCGGCAAGCGCGCCGCGAAAACCAAGACUGCUGCAGCCAAUCAACGACUCACCGAUAAUGUUGUUGUUUUGAAACCUACGCAGAACGCAAGAGAGGUCCCUCGCGCCACCAAAGCCGACCUUGACCUGGCUGUCAACGCGAUGGCCUCGCCCACCAAAAGCAUCCUCGUAACACCCGGAACGGCCUCCAACCGGCGCAAGACGGUUUCUUUCGGCGAAAGUGUGGUCGAUAACGAACGCCAACGGGACGAUCCCUUAGCGAAAUACAUCAAGACACCGGCGAAUCUCUCCAACAGUUUCAGCAGCCAAUGGUCAUCGGGCUCGUCGGCAUCCAAACCCCGAAGUAAACUUACGCAAGCUUUAAUGGACUCGCGCGAAAAGCCCGCAAAGGGCGUCGAUAUUUUCGUCGACUCUACCUCUUCAUCAGAGAUGCAGUCCAAGCUGUCGCAACCAGAAGAGGAUGACAACGACGAUACGAUCAAUCUCGACGAACCGCGAUCGCAGUCGGGCAAAUAUUGGAAGGCAGAAUACGAUAAUUACCGCAACAAGACCACCUGGGAGAUCAAGAAGCUAAUUCAGUAUCGUUCCGCGGCAAAAACAUAUGCAAAGAAGAAGGACGAGGAGGCUUCUCGGUUGGCUGAGAAACUGAAAGAGGAAGAAAUCAAGGUCGCGGAGAUGGAACGCCAUGUCACGCACCUGGCUUCAACCAUGGUCGGAGAGAGCGCCAACGCAGACAAGGAGAAAUUAGUGCAGGAACUCACUAAGCAAACCGCAUUAGCUUUGCAGUACAAACACCGGGUUAACUCGCUGCGCAAAACGCUAGAACGUCAUGGCGUCGUGGGUCAAGACAUCAGUGAGGUUGCUGAAGCUUCUGCUAUCGCCAGUCCCUCUGAGCAGAAAUCCGAUAGUGUCUCCACGAUCCAGCAGGCUCUGGAUCAGGCGAACGCCAAGAUAGAGGAGAUGAAGCACCAGAAAGAGGAAUUCAACAAGCUGAAGGACCUAGCGCGAAGCUCGGAGCAGAAAGCCUCGGAGCUGCAGAAGGAGAACGCGUCACUCAAACAGACCCUCGCCCGUGUGAAGCAGGAGAUGAGCAAGUACGAAGGACGUCGCAAAGAGAAGGAAGCAAAAUUGAGACAACGUGAAGUCAAACUGGAAACACGGAUCCAGGAGUACCGUGAUCGUCUGAAGUCGGCUUCUGAACAGCACCGUGAACACGAGGAAGAUCUCAAAGAAUCCUUCAACGAGGAGCGUCGUCGGAUGCAGGAGCAGGUCGAUCAACUCAGGAUCAAGCUUACAGCCAUUGAACGGCUACCACAGCUGCAGAAUCGCGCCCGUCCCUCUGAAAGCCCUCGAAAAGAUCACACAGGGGUUCACGUCUAUGAUUUCGGCGGACAUACCAGCCCUGAAAAAGAACCCCAAGAGGAGACCGUCGAGCUCGACGAGCCACCAAGUCCGAGCCCACGAGCCAAAGAACGGCGCUCAUACCCGUCUUCGAGGUAUACAGCGGGGGAUCUCGACCUGAAACGCGCCAUGAGAGCUAUGGGGAUCAGCGACGAAGACCAACUGGCAUUUCUAGGAGGGGAAACCCCCCAGGCCCCUCGCACACGCUACCGCCACGGCGACGAAGCCACCGUGCCCCCAUCCUCGCCUCCGGGGUAUCCGUCUCUCGAAGCCACCACACGGUCACGCCCCCAGCACAAGCACAAGUACAACACCGACAGCUACCGCAGCAAGUCCACCAUCACCUCUCUAGCCCAUCACCUGGCCCAAAACCUCGACGACAGCCACCAAAUCCGCACCACGACCACAACCACCAACGACCGAUACCGCCCUCAUCGCCCCUCAUCCAAGUACAACCUCGACGCCAUCUCCGGCGGCCCAGACACCCACCCUCAUACCCUCGACCACCGAGCCACCAAGCGCCGACAAAGCCUAGCCGCCGCCCAACGGGACUCGAUCCCCCUCGACCGCAAACUCUCAGCCCAAGCGCGCCUCAGGCAGCGCAAGGACGAGACUCGCAAGACCAAAGAACAAGGCAAGGAGAACAUCCGAGGAUACACCGGGCAGGCAUUGCCAGCUCUUGAAGCCUGA